GAUACUGAUCUUUUGAAACCUAGGGUUUUCAACAUCUUAAAAUUUCAUAUUCGAACAUAAUUCUUCAACGUUUAAAAAAUAGAAAUUCAAUUGAACAAAGCAAUUUUUAAGCUACCCGCAAGUACCUUUGUCCCCAUAGUAUUCUUUGUCCCAGUACCGAAUAUAUUUUAUGAAUUUUUUGAAAAGUCCAUAGAAUCAAACAAAAAAUACUUUCCUCUGGUUGAGUUAACGUAAUUAUACAUAAAUAGUUUUAAAUGCGCUUUUUUCUUAGUCUAUUCGUGAUCAACUCUUUCUUUAAUAUAUUUUUAUACAAAAACGUUUUAUUGGAUGAAGUUUAAUAUUGGUUUCUAAAUUGUACAAAAAAUCCUUAUAAUUAAAUGUCAUUAAAGUUCAACUAUAGUCUAUAUCCAAGUGCAAUGCUAAUAAGGGGUUUCCUUAUCCUUCAAUUUACCAAAUAUCAUUGCUUCAUCUCUAUGGUUGUUUUGUUGAGCAUUGUGGUGACUUCAGAUUUAAUAUAUAAAGUACACUAAUGAAUUUGAGUUGAAAAAAGUUUGGAAGAGCUCCUUUCUAAACUCUUAUUUUUAUAAGCUUGUUGAAAAUUGUUAUUUUUGUUAUCAGUUGUAUAAUGUUUUAUUUUCUUUGUAUAGGAGAACUGGUUUAUACAAUUGAUUGAUUCAUGUUAACUUCCAUCAUGUACAAAACAAUGUAGAUCAAGCCACAGUUCAUUUAAUUAUUAUAAUGAGUUGUCUUGUAAUACUAAUUAUUUAAAUGAAACUAAUGAAAAUAUACAUUAUAUAUUAUAUUUCAACAGCAUUUACUUUAUUAUAAUUGUGUUUACUUGUAUUUUUUUUAUUCAAUAUAAUGAGGAUUUAGUCUUCCUGAUCACAAUAUAUUUUCUGAUCCUAUUUCCAUACUAGAUUGAUUUGGUUAUUAUUACUAUGAGUGGUUCCUAGUCAAAUUCGGCUAUGAGUGAAUUUCUCCAAGUUGCUGUUGUUGCUUUAUGUUGAGUUCAGUAGUCCAGAAUCCAGUAGGCCGGCCCACCCUCAGUAGGAAAGAAGAGUGUGACGCUAAAAAGCCAUUCAAUUGCAAAUUUAUGCAUCCAUUUGAUGGUAACAAAUAAUUCAACAAACCUUUCAUGGUUUACAAUAAUGCAGUGGUGCCAAAAGUAUCAAGCUCGUAGUUUGAAGUAACAUUUUGAGGUAGGCCUACUUUGUAUUAGGAUGUAAGAAUAUUACGAAGAGGGAAAAGAAGUGGGAAAACUUGUUUUUCUUUGUGAUAUUCCUCAUAGCCUACCCCCACCUAUUCUCACAACCACGGAAUAAUUAAAAAUAUAACGGAAUAAUUAAAAUAUAAUAUAACGGAAUUAAUUAUAUAUUAAUAUAACGGAAUAAUUAAAAGAAGAAGAUUUGAGUUAUUUUUUAUAGCAUAUUGAUGAUUUUUGAAGUAUUAAAAAAUAAUUUAUCUUCUAUUUCAUGGAAAUAUAAUCGUGCAGAAACUGAUUCACAAAUAUUGAAAUCCAAAUGCUUCUGAAUAAUAUUUUAUACAACCUGCAGUCCUACAAUAGUAUGGUACUUCAUGUGCAGUAUUGACUAAUUUGCACAUCAUUUUACAACUUGAUUUAUUCCUGUGCAGCUAUAUUCUACCAAUGCAAAAACAUAACAGUUUUUGAGUAGGUCUUGUACUGUAUUUACAGUAUUUGAGACUAUUUUGGGUUCUACCUACUAAAAACUGAUUCAUAUUUGAUAGAUCGGCAAGGGUAAUUCGUGUGACAAGAAAAAAAUGGUAAGAUAGCUUGAAUUAUAUUGUUCUAGUUUUUAGCAAGUAAUCGAUUGUGUGGAAUGGAUGCGUUGUCCUAUUUCGCAGCUAACUGCUAACACCAUGCAGUCUGGACUCGACGACACGCAGACCAACAGGGUGUGGCUCACAUUGUUUUUGUAGACAUUCGACAAUGUGCGAUCCAUACGGCCAGAUUUUUGGUGUGGAAUGCGGCGAAAACGUAACUUCAUCAUCCACCACAACGGAAUCCCCUCUUUACAUGGAUUUUGGCAACACCGUGCUUUGGCAAUUACUCCUCAUAGCUGGAGGAUCGCUGUCUAUUGUAAUCAUAUUCUGCUGUUGUGUCCGAUUCCGUAUCCCCCGGACCAAGCAGGAAAUAGAAGCUGAUUACAUACGAAAGAAGAUAACACGAAAGUUUCAGAAACAACUGCGAAUGAUACAAGAUACAGACAUGGAUGAGAUGGAUUUGAAAAAAGCUUUGGAUCGAGUUAGGGCAGAGUUCAAAACUGACAUCGAGAGCAUUGCUCACACAGAGGGAUAUUCAGGCGGCAGCCUGAGCUCAGCGGCUGGGGUGACGAGGAUGGCUGCAGCUGAAACAGCUGUUACAGCUGCAGAAAGCGCAGCUGAAAAAGCGCCAGUUGAUCAAGUAGCUACUUCCAGCACUCCACUCCAAUCGCAAUUAGAAAUAACGGUUGAGGAAGUGGAUGGGAACGCUAGAAGAGGAUUGACAGCUAGACUUGCAGCUAUUGUGGUUCGCAGCCUGACAGUAUUCAAAUCGCGUGCAAAGAUCAAGGAGGAUGAACAAUCAACUGCCGAAACUCCUAGUAAUCAACUUUAAAAUCAAUUUAUAUAAGUGAGCCUUAUUCUUCCGAAUAUGAUAAUAUUCAUGUGUUCAAUUUUUUUAUUGUUGAAAUAAAAUCAGCUUCAAUAUA